GAGGCUGAAGAUGAGGCUGGAGAUCUUCCUCGUGCUGAUGGCGGCGAGCGGCGUCGGCGGGAAGCCGCUGAGCAGCAGGGAGGAGAAGAAGACUAAGCUGCUGCUGGUGUCGUUCGACGGGUUCAGGUGGGACUACGACCGGGACGUGGACACGCCGCACCUGGACCGAAUGGCCUGGGACGGGGUCAAGGCCAAAUACGUCACCCCCCCCAUGAUGACCAUGACGUCGCCGUCACACUUCACCACCAUCACAGGUAGAUGGAUAGAAGACCACGAAGUUGUCCACAACUUAAUGUUCAACGAAACAACAAACCUAAAACUUCCCUUCAAAGAGACCCUGAAGAGGUCGGAGUGGUGGGACAACGGAGUGCUGCCGUUAUGGAUCACGGCUCAGAACCAGGGUCUGAAAACCGCUUCGUUCUUCUUCCCGGGAGGCGGCGCCACCUACGGGGGUCAAAGCGUCAACAGAGUUCGGCUGGCAGAGCCCGGCCACCCUUACACCAAUGAGACAGAAUGGCGUGAGAACAUCGACACGGUUCUGAGCUGGUUCUCAGAGGAGGACUUCGACCUGGUGACCCUGUACUACGGAGAGCCGGACUUCGUGGGCCACAACAAGGGGCCGGACCACCCGGACAGGAAGACCGUCAUCCAGCAGAUCGACCGCACCGUCGGCUACCUGCGCGACGCCAUCAGCUGGCACGGCCUGGACGACAGCCUGGACGUCGUCAUCACCUCAGAUCACGGCAUGACCACCGUCAAGAAGCGGCCGCUGGUGGACGAGAUCGUCCUCAACAAGUACCUGAACCUGCUGGAGCUCGCCUCCUUCGAGAUCCUGGACUACGGCGGCUUCGGCAUCGUGACGCCGCGGCCGGGGAAGGACCAGGAGGUUUACGACGCUCUGUCCAACGCUCCCAAUCUGACCGUCUACAAGAAACAGGAGAUCCCGGAGAGUUUCCAUCUGGGGAGAAGCAAGCGGCUUCCUCCCAUCGUGGUCGUGGCGGACCUGGGGUUCAACCUGAACUCGAGGUUCAUCGUCUACGUGAACAAAGGCGACCACGGCUUCCACAACGGGGAGAUGGACAUGAAGACCAUCUUCCGGGCCGUCGGCCCGAGUUUCAAGCAGAACUUUGUGUCCGACCCGUUCGACAGCAUCCACAUCUACCCGCUGCUCUGCAGGCUGCUGCGCAUCCAGCCGGCGCCGCACAACGGGUCGCUGGGGGUCACCGAGGUCAUGCUGCGGGCCGCAGGAGAAUCCCAGAGGUCCAGUCUGUCCGCCGCCCUGCUGCUGACCGUCCUGCUGGCCAGAGUCCUCUAACCGGGCCAGAACCGCUCACCUCCACAUCCAGCUGCAGAACCACUGAAGACAUCAAAACGGACCAGAGGUUCUGGUACCAGAACGGUCCGUCAGGAUUCUGCAUGAAGCUUCUCCAUUUUUCUUUAAAAUCUGAUGUUUGUUGAAACAAAGCAUUUGGACCAGAACCGAACCAAACAGAACCAAACCAAACUGACCAGAACUGAACUGAUCAGAACCAAACAGAACCGGCCCAUCAGCUCAUCUGGAUUCAAUAAUUUACAGUUUUACACUAAAACAUGAAACUGAUCAGAUCAAUAAAUAAUAAUUUAAAACA